AUGAACGAAUUCAAAGUGAGGUUUUCCAAUAAUAUACCAAGACUUCUAAAGUUCAGUGAUAAUGAGCUCUAUUGCGAAGUUUUGAAUCCUAUUCAAGAAAAUAUGAACCUGGCUAAACGAAUCCUUGCAACUUUUGUGGUGGACGAAUGCCGAUAUACUAUUUGUCCCUUCAAUUUUAAGUCAGUGUGUUAUUCAGAUGGACGUUGGGUGACUAUGGAUGUUCUGAAAUCAAUCAAACAUUCUGAGACUAUAUGUUUGGAACAUACUAAUUUCAGCUGUAAAGAUAUUAAUGAGUACAUUCACCAUUGGGUCAAUUCUAGAGAAGAUCUAAUCCGAAACCUUGGUAUUGGAAUCAAAGGAGAUUUGGAAUUCAAUGAGCAAGAGUUAUUGGAUAACUUGGCGUUUGCGACGUGUCAAUGUCGAGAUAUAAAAUAUUAUUUCAUCAAAGCAAAAAGUGUUGAAAACAGAAAAUUCACUUUUGCUCUAAUUUCAUAUAACAGCAAUCUCCGUAAGGUUAAUAUUCAAAUGGGCGAACCAGAUGUUGGAUUGGCUGCAGUCAUUUUCAAGCAUCUUGAAGAUAUUGAAGAAAUUCAGAAGUUGAGUGAAGUGAGGGAAAAGAUCGAAGAGUUGGAGAUUAAAUGUGUGGAAGUGUUGGAAGAAGAGAAAUGUGAUACUGAGAAGGAACGAAUUCGGAACGAAAUGGAGAUUGUUGUGAAAACGAGACAUUUGAUUGAGACACGAUUGGAUGCAAUACGGAGUCAAUGGAAAGACUUCUUGAAAAAUAUGUAUUCCGGCUUGUUGCGAGUGGCAGGGAUCACUGAUACUACUCUGCGGGUCACUGUGACUAGUCCAAGUCACGUGUAG